AUGGCUUCGCCCUCGGUCGGGACCCCUGACGCUGGAACCCCCAAGCUCGGCGCCCCAAAAGACAAGAGCUGCCCCUUCUGCGGCCAGGCCUUCACCUCCUCCUCGCUUGGUCGACACCUCGAUCUUUAUAUCAAAGAAAAGAACGCGAAACCCGAAGACGGCAUCCACGACGUUGACGAGAUCAGAAAACUCCGCGGAGGCAUCACAAGACGACAACCACGCGGCUCCAUUGGCGGCAGACGAGAAUUCAGUGGCACUCCCACAGCAACACCCCGAACCACUAAGAGGAAGACGCGGACAGCCUCGAACCCUGACACCCCACGGGCAACACAAAUCCCCAGAGAUGGCCAAUAUGCCGUGGAUUCGACCCUGAGCAAAUUACCUUAUACCCCAAGGUGGGAAGUAACCGGUGUCAUGAAUGACAUCCCACCCAAGGCCGACGCCGCGAGUGAACAAGGCACGGAAACCGCCAAACGCCCAGCUGCCGGACGAGCGGCCAGCAAACAAGUGGUCAAACAGGUGGUGCAAAAGGCUCAGUCAGACAUGAGGCACAAACUCGCCGAUGCCCUGGAUACGGCUCGAGCCGCCGAAUUAGCUUUGCGAGAAAUUAUCGGCUCAUGGAGAUCUGCAAAGCAAGAAAUUGACAACAGCUCGAAUCCAUUCGAGUUUGACCCUUUAUCACUCGACUUUCCGGCCCUCACCUUGCAAUGUUUGAAACCGCCACCCACACUGUUUUCCUCCACCCAGCACGCCACUUCGACAUCCUGGUCAGUUCAGUCACCAGGUCAGCGCGAGUUCAAUGCCUUGGAGGCCUACUUUGAAGAAGCUUUCAAAGCCUGGAAAGUCACAUGCGCUUCCGCAACUACAGCCGUCACGGAAGAUUUGAUUAAGCUGCCGACUGGAAAAUCGGCCUGGAACGUUCGAGACGCUGUCCAAAAAGCAGAGCGUACUGCCGCCACCCUCGAAAAGCAGGUCACCGAGCAUCUGCAAUCUGCCUUUGCAGCAUGGGAGUCACUACCUGAGCAGCGCCGAGACGAGCUUUGGGUGUUGGAGCUAGCACGCGGUAUUGGUAAAAAGCAAAAGGACCUUGACAAGUGCAAGGAUGAGGUGCACCGUCUCAAGCAGGAGAAUGCCAAUUUGAAGAGUCAGAACGAGCAACUAAGCCGACUGCAGCAUCCCCGCGAGUUCACUCACCUAUCACCAACCACAUUCCCUGUCGAUCGAGAUUUGCUUGCAAGGGCCUAUGGAGCAGGAGUCAGCGGCGCUAAGAGCAUCGGAUUCGACGUCGAGGACCGCAAGUUUGAUCUUGCCACUGUUGUUGCGCGCUCGAUUGGCCGAUGGAAAAGCGUCAUCACCUCUACUCGGGUUUCGUCUUCGGGCAUGGGCGCACAGAAGCCUUUGGAGCCACCUGAUAGCCCUGCUGCGUCACCCAGUGCUGCAAGCCCGGCCCAAUCCCAGCAAGCGAGAUCCCAGAAGACGUCUGUGUCAGAGUCUACCCCGCAACCUGGACCUUCUCGAGAGAAACGAUUGUCGAUGGCUAGCACACAUCAGGAGAGCGAACAGACGACACAGUCGGCUACCAAUACUGCUCCCCCUUCCAUAGCUGAGACGAGCGAUCAAGAUAUCGACACGGACGAUGCCAACGCUGACGCUGACGCCGACGCUGACGCCGACGCAGACGCUGAUGAAGACGCAGACGCAGAAAUGGAAGACGACGACAGCUUUGCCAUGAUGGAUACUUCUUCGGUGAAGCAGGCUCAGGCUCCCAUGCAGCAGCAAGCCCAACUCGAGGUGCCCAGAACACGGGCUCAGGUCCAGCAGAACUCGGGCGAUAUGCGGUUCAUGAUGCCCAAUGCUAGCGGCAGCCCAGCCUCGCGCAAUUCCAUGGCCAUGAGCCGCUCUAUGCCCGAUUUGGGUAUGACGAUGCCAACCAAUGCCAUGCAGGAGAUCGGCAUGGCUAUGCAAGGCGUCCGAGGAGACAUGUACAUGGAGUGA